AUGGCGAUGGGAGAUGAUGAUGUUCCGCCACCACCGCCCCCUGUUGAUCUUGAAUAUCACCUGGGAUCGAGUGAUCAUUCCGGUAUUAUUAUUACCCCAAUUAAACUUCGUGGAGCAAAUUAUGAUGAGUGGUCUAAGGCUAUGCGAAGGGCGUUGAUUGCUAAGAGGAAGUUUGGGUUUGUGGAUGGCUCGAUCAAGGAGCCUACUGCCGAUUCUUCACAAAGGAAGCACUGGAUAGCAGUUAACUCCAUGCUCGUUUCUUGGAUUAGCAACACGUUGGAUGAUUCGGUGCGUUCCACCAUUGGAGACUAUGACUAUGUGAGGGAAUUAUGGCAAUUAGGUGAUAUUAGAGAUGAAGAUUACCUACAUUAUUUUUUGAUUGGCCUAGACGAUCCGUAUAAGGAAAUCCGGUCUCAAUUGUUGGUGCAACACCCUUUGCCUCAUGUGGACAAUGCGUAUCAAGUGGUGAUAAAUACCGAGAGACUUCAGACUAAAGAUGGAAAGGUAAAGGAGAACGUUAUGGCGUUUAAGGUGGACUCGCGUGUUAAGUCGACUGACAGUGAAAGCCCCUUUUGCACGCACUGCAAUCGGGAAGGCCAUGACAAAGAGGGGUGUUACCAAUUGAUCGGGUUUCCCGAAUGGUGGGACGAGAAUCGCAAAGGAGGAAGAGGACAGGGCAGAGGUGCUCGUGGGGGUAGGAGUGGUGGUCGUGGUGCUAGUGGAGGACGCAAUAAUACCUCUACGAGCACUACACAUCGUGCCAAUGCUGUACAUGGAGGCGUGAACAACAAUAGUGCAGCAAGCAACAAUCAAAGUUCCUCCACUCAAGGCCUCGCAAGUGUGACGUCCGAUCAGGCUCAACAAAUUAUUGAAUUACGGAGCAAUAAAUCUAAGUCUCGCUUAGAAGGUAAGAAUAAAGUCCUGUGGAUCGUUGAUACCGGAGCAUCUAAUCAUGUAACAAAUGAUUUGUCGAUUAUGAGAAACGUUAAAACAAUUCAAAAUUGUCCGGUGGGAUUACCGGAUGGUCAAACAGUGAACGCGAAUCAAUUGGGUUCGGUUACACUAGAUGGUGGUCUUGUCAUUGAUAAUGUCUUAUUUGACCAGUCGACAAGGAUGGUGAUUGGCGUGGGUGAACGUGAAAACGGACUUAAUUUUUUCCGAGGUGUGCCGCAAGUGAAGGUGCUAGCAGUAGAUUGUGUGGUGGAUCUUUGGCAUCAACGCAUGGGUCAUCCGUCGGAGAAAGUAUUGAAGUUGCUUCCACCUUCGGAUGAGCCUUUGAGGUUGAGAUUAGGUGAGGAGAUGAUUGGUGUAGGUAAUGAAGAUGAUUUUGAUGAGUUCGAACAGUGGAGUAUGGGUGACUUACGAGGGGUGGAUAUUGAAGGUAUGGAAGCAGAGGGAGAUGGAGCACCCAGCGGGGGUCCAUCGGCAGCUAGCCGUGAGUAG